GUACUUUAUACGAUUAGAGAUAAAUGUAUGAUCGUCAAGUAUGUAAGUUUGAUUCAGAUGAAUAGUUUGUUGUUUUUUUUGGUCAUGCCAGACUGCAGUAGUUAGAUCUAGAACUUAGUCAAUUCAAUAUUUGAGGAAUACGUUUUACUUUUCUCUACUUGGCUUCAAUAAAGGAAUAUCUGCAUAUGAGGACUAUAAUAUUCAACACAAUUUAAGGCAUACUUAAAUAUUUUAUCUUAUAAAUUUGCCAACUGAAGCACAGCUCUACAAUAUCAAACAUUACGGACACUCUAUGAUGCUCGGGAAGUCUCAUUUAUAAUUUCAAAACCAACGAUUGAAAAUGAGCUCAAAUCCUCAUCCAUAUCUAUCAUCAUCGUCUUUCAAUUUCACCAAAUCUGGUUCCUGCACAACACAGGGACGCAGACAAAGCUUGCAACGACAUUCAAUUUCAAAUGAAACAAGAAGGAACAGUAACGGCAAUGGUAACAAAUUAAUUUUAGAAACUGGAGACACCGCAUUGCUUGAUGAAAAAACAGAAAACUCAGGCGGAGGGGAGGUAAUGAAAUUUUCUCAAAUGCCACACAGAAGCAAGUACACCCUUUUUAUGUUGGCUGUCGCUAAUUUUGGUGCAGGAUGUGCUUACUCUUUACCAGCACCUUUCUUUCCGAGAGAGGCAACAAAGAAAGGUGUUUCCUCGACAUUGAUUGGUCUUGUGUUCAGCUGCUACCAGCUAGUCAUCGUUUUAACAAGUCCUCUAAUUGGGAAUUUUAUAACUCAAAUUGGUGCCAAAUUUACAUAUGUUAUUGGUAUAAUGUUAGCAGGGGUAUGUGCAAUUCUUUUUGGUUUUCUAGGUCAAGGACCGCCUGGUACACCAUUUAUUGUCAUGUCAUUUUUAGUGAGGGCAGUAGAGGCUAUUGGUGUGGCUGCUUUCUCAACAGCAAGUUUUGCUAUUGUUUCAAAUGAGUUUCCUUAUCACAUUGGCUCAGUCUUUGCAACACUUGAGACUUGUGUUGGUAUUGGCCUAAUGAUUGGUCCAACUAUUGGUGGAGCUUUAUAUGAGCUUGGUGGGUUUGGAAUGCCAUUUUGGAUAAUUGGUGUCAUCAUUUGUAGCAGUGGACUCACAAUCAUGAUCUGUCUACCCGAGCUUCAAGAUACUCUUAAACAAAAGAAUGGUUCAAUAUUGUCCUUAUUUAAAAGUGUUAAGGUCUGGGUAUCCAGUCUGUCUAUAUUUGCAGGAGCUUGUGGAAUUUCAUACUUAAACCCAACACUCUCAGAUCAUUUGGAUCAGUUUGGUCUUUCAACACUUCUAGUUGGCCUGUUUUUUAUAAUAUGUCCAGGUUUACAUGCCAUAUUGGCUCCAGUGUGGGGAUACAUCAGUGACAGGAAAGACAUUCAGUCACCCUUACUGAUUUUUGGAAAUCUGGUCGGCACCAUAGCAUUUUUAUCUGUUGGACCAACACCACUUCUACCUUUUUUACCUAGAGAUCUUUGGGUAGUUGCUGUGGGUCUUAUAUUAUUUGGACUAACCAUUGGAUGCUCUAUAGUGCCAACUAUGAAAUGUUUAGUCAUAGGAGCCAGAGAGCUUGGAUUUCCAGAUAAUCUAAGUACAUUUGGAAUGGUCUCUGGACUUUUUAAUGCUACCUACUGUUUGGGUGCCUUUAUUGGACCAACUGUUGGUGGAGCUCUUAUUGAAGAAGUUGGAUUUGCAUAUGGUUCAACAAUAAUUGCUGCUCUCUUUUUCUUUGUGAUGAUUGUAACUUCAGUCUACUUUGGUGUCAGAAGACUAAGACACAAGUCAGACAUACAGAUGACUAAAUACACUGACCUCAGCUCUACCCCACAACAGACACUCUGGUCAAAUGAAGACACAGAGAUUACUGAGAGGUCCCCACUUCUAUUGGAUAAAUCCCAGAAAGAAACUCGAUUAACUUUUGAAUCAUCAUUUUCUUCGGCGUCUUUUUCACAAGAGAUUUGAACUAAAAUGUGACCCCUUGAUCUGUGUUGAUUAAUCAGUAUUCUCUCAAUUAUUUUUUAUUUGUACUCUAUUGCAUAUUCAAGUGAAUGCAACAAUUUUAAUUAUAUUGCUAACAAUACGAAAGUUGUGAGCAUAAAGUACUGAAGCAAUUAGUCCUAAGGCCUCAAAAGUGUGACUUAUGAAACAAUUCAUUUGUAUUUUUAUUUUCCCCCAACAGAUAUUGAAUUUGUUUUGGUGGUAUAAAAAGGUUUGGCUUACAAAUAAUCUGAAUAUUUAUAAGUAAAGUAGAUCUACGGAGAUGAUCUAGAAAAGUUACUGCACUAGCUCUGUGACCAGAAAAGCUAUUUAAAGACUUUCUGUUUAUCACAUUAUCCUCAUUCAGCAUAAUCAAAUAAGUCUCUCCAUGUACAGAACUGAAGUGCCUCUUUAUUGCCCCUUUAACCUUUCCAUUUUAGUAAGACAAAGAUAGUUGUAGACUUGACAGGAGCCUCUGGUCUUCCUCAAGAUGGCUAUAAGUUUUUAAACUGAAUUCUCUGCUCUUCCUUUAUGUGCUUCUUCCCCCUUCCCAUGCUGUGUUACUAUUUAGAGAAUCAAGCAGCAUUUUUCUCUGAUCACAAAGUAAGAAUAUUAUCAUGGUUAAAAUAUAGGUAAAAAUGUGAAACAGUGGAUAGGAAAAUCUAUUAGUUCAGAAUAAAAAUGAAAGCACAGAUCUUUUUGUCCAUUAUAUUGUGGAAAAAUUCUUGACUUGUAUCUUAAAGUUGUUUCUUCAGUAGUGAAGAAUAUGACAUCCUAGCUCAAACAGCCAGUCAGAUUAACUUUAAGAGUUAAUUACAGCUUGUUCGUUGAGCAUUAGGCUAAAAUUAAAAUAGGCCUAAUGAAUAUUUCUUACUUCGUUAAAGAGUUUUAUAAGGAAAUUCAUUUUAUGAUAAUCAGGAAUAAGUGUUGGCUCUAAUUUUAUGUUUUGUAUUGAAAAUUAAGCUAUUGUUUCUUUUAAUGUCUUAUAGUUAAAUUCUGUCUAAAACAUUUUUUUAUUGAUUCAAAAAGAAAUGUAGGCUCGAUCAAUACUUUUGUCUUUUGGUACAAUAUAUGUGUAAGUGUCCUGACAUUAAACAAUGUAAAAUUCUAUUGCCAACGUUA